AUGACAGACGUGGAAUGGGCGAGCGUACCUAUGGCGGACAAACAUGCCUUCACCAAGUAUAUGGGCGAGCUCUUGCGCGAGCACCCAACGGAGGCGACAGAGCAACAGCGGCGUCGCUACUUUGAAACAACUAUGGUUGACCCGCGCAACCUCGACCCCGCUCGCACUGUGCGAGACGAGUACGAGCGGCUGAAGAUGGGUCUGCCCGUUCAGCUCAAACACCCACAGCGUUCACUGGGCGUCUCGCAGGCUAUAUUCGAGACUGGCGACGCAAGUCUGUUUGACCCUGGCAAAGUGGACGCUCUGGAAGAGGCGAUGACGCAGGUUAAGCAGGUGUUUACCGACUACGUGCGGCAGCGCCGAGAAGGCGUGAGCACGGAAACAACACGUCGCAAGCUGGCUAACAUGCUGGCGGACUUGAACGUGGAGACUCAGCGGCAUCUGAGUCACAUGUUUAAGUACGCGGAAGAGAGGGUUCGUCACGAGGCUCGUGAGGAGCGCAAGCGACAACUGAGCGAGCUGCAGCGGCUGCGGCGGCUGGUGUCGUCGUCAUCGCGGCAGCGCGCUUCUCCGUCAUUUGAGUCAUCUACUCCAAUCCCCACUACCGAUGCGUCUGUGCCGGAAGACGCCAUGUGCCCUUUGGCAUCGUCUUCAGAAGGGGUGGAGAGCUCUGACGCCGUCCAUGACGUCGACUCUCCGACUCCUGCAAGGCUUGCCAAGAUGAAGAGGCGCGCUGUCCUGAAGCGUUCCCUGGGCAAGGCCCUCGGCUUGGAGGUCGAGGUCGUGGAGAGCCUCAUUACGGAGCUCGAGGCACAGGAGAAGUUCAUGCAGUUCUGUGAAGUCUUUGCUCGCCUCACUGUCUCCCGUGGGUUCCGCCACGGCCCGGAGGACGAGUGCCUUGAUGCGUACACAGAGAGCCUUAGGCGGCUGUACUCUGUAGACGCAAAUAAGCUCAGCACGCUUGACGUUGUGCAGUACCUUGCUGCCAAGGAGGAGGCGCACCCAGUGGACUGGGCAAAGCGGUGGUACGAGCGCCUUCUCCGCAUCCCGCUCGAGCACACGCCGGAGUACAGGCGGCUGGAAGCGAUUCGCGACGGUGACAGUGUUGCACUUGAGCUGCAGGCCCGGGCCGAGCGCGAGGUGGACGCACCGGUGUCCGCAGGUCAUGAAGCUGCCAGGCAGGCGGAGCGGGAGGCUGCUGGCGGGCGCACACAGCAGGCUGUACGGCUGGUAGAGAAGAUGUUUAUGCGCCCAGAUGACCCACGGCUGAAGAGUUUGCACGAGCGACGACUGCGCUACAUCGCCUACCUGCAGAUGGAGCGGCAGAUUGCGCAGUCACGUGAGAACGCGAAGAUUUUCGAGGGGAUCGAAGAGACAGCAGAGGCGGAGGAGUGCCGACGGCUCUACGCGCAGCUCAUGGAGCGUAAGCAGCGACUCGCUGCUGACUCCACAGCAGCUCUCCUCACCGAAGGUGACGGCAGCGGAUCGGUGGACCGUUCUGCCGCAGCGGCCUCCGCUGCUGUCGGCACCGAUGUCGCCUCGACUGCCGACAAUGUUAACGUGUUUGCACAAGACGCCGAGGCUGCCGCACUAUUUGAGCAAAUCAGCCGCAUCACUCACUCAGUCAUCCGCACCCACACCCAGGAGACACGUCGGCGCAGCAAAGCUGCUGCCAAGGCUGAGGUACUUGCGCGCGUGUUGCGGCUGGCUGGCCUCACGAAUGCGGACGGCAGCCGCGCCGGCCGCGCCGAGGAGCUUCAACGGCUGCUUCAGGAGAAGAAGGACAAGGUGGCACAGCGUCUACUGAACGUACUGGAGGCGGACGUAAAGUCUGACUUGGAGUGGAUGGAUGCCAUGGACGAGGCAGAGCGGCCGCCGUUGCUGCCCAUUCCAGAGGGCAUGUCCUAUGUCUCCGCCGCAGAUGUGCAGGCCUGGAAGGAGAUUCGCGAUGCUGACAGGGCCCUUUCUGCCGAUCCGUUCCGCAAGAACAAGAAGCAGUUUCAGCCACGGCUCUUUGGCCAGCCGUGGCAGCUGCCUGAUAAGCCGCUGUUGUUUUGGGGCACUGGAACAAGGGCAGUGCAGCAGGCGCUGGAACACGCCGCCAGCGAUGCGGAGCGGCGACGCCGUGGUGAGCCGCUGGCGCCACCAUACCCUUGCCCAGAGAAUCCGUGGGGUUGGCGACUUGUCAAGGACAUCCUUGACGACUAG